GCUAUUUUGAUUUUUUUUUAGCACGGCACCUGCCCGUACGAUUCAUUGACUCUACAAUUCAAAAAAUGUUUUCGCUUAUUAUACAUCUGUAAUUGCUUAGCGUGCCAGUGUUUGAAAGCGACUUACACGCAAUCUUAUUGCACAUUAUAAAUAAACGGUUGGCUUAACGAAAUCAUGAUCGAUUAUCUUAUGCACUGAUGGUGACUAAACUCCACAAGGAAUAAGAUAAAAUGACAAUCUUAUCUGUUACACUCAAAGUCAGGUUUAUUUAUGAAUUUUAUGUUUAGAUCUCCAUUGACGCUCACACUGGCAAUAGAAUGAAGUCGUUAGGGAGUGCAGUUGCGGUCCUAUUGCUUUUUUCGGCCGGUAUUGUGCCGUCUUUGUGUACGGAUUGGGAGGCCCGUUUUGAUCCCAACAAAACGAUAAUUGUAAUUGAUGAGAUCGCAGACGUUCAUCUCAUUCUAUCAAAUCUCCCAGCUGAAACAAGCGACACUAUCAACAGAUAUUUUGUGAUAAAAAGUGAAAACGAGCAGGUGGCUGUAGUUGAUAAUCCAGAUGAAAUCUUAUUUCGUAAUGUGGCCGGCGAAAGUGGUCAAUGGGAAACACAUUUUCGGGUCAAAGGUGUCUUCUUAGGCACGGUGCACGUGUUUGUGGAAAGGAGAGAUGGUAUUGAGCUAGAACGGUCAAAUGAAGUUCUAGAUGUAAUUGUUUCGAGGCCAGAGCGACUGCUUGACACAUUAUUCGCUGUGAUUGUAGUUCUGCUGUUGGCAAUCUUAUUUAUCAACUUUGGUGCAGCGAUCGAUCUAAAGUCGAUGAAGGACAUUUUUAGAAGGCCUAUUGGACCGGCAAUAGGAACCGUCUGUCAAUUGGCAUUAGUACCUCUGAUCGCAUAUGGUCUGGGAUUAGCUCUAUUUCCGAAUGAUCCAGGACUUGCUUUAGGGCUUUUUUUAACUGGUAUUAGUCCAGCUGGAGGAGCUAGCAACAUCUGGACGCUUCUAUGCGGAGGCAACAUAAAUUUAUCCAUUUCGAUGACAACGAUCUCGACUCUGGCAUGUUUUGGCACCAUUCCUUUAUGGCUAUAUUUACUUGGUAGAAGUAUUUUCGAUCGAGCAAAUCUGGGUGUGCCGUAUACACAAGUAACAUUGAUUGCCAUUAGCCUUCUGGUUCCCUUAGCCAUUGGUCUGCUGAUUCAACGAUUUCUGCCCAAAUUAGCCAAAUUUCUGGUUAAAUAUAUGGAAAAGCUUUCGUUGCUCUUCCUAAUCAUAAUUGUUGUUCUUGGAAUCUUUACGAACAGCUAUAUGAUGCCAUUGUUUGGGUGGGAGAUAUUCGGUGCCGGCCUCGGUCUUCCACUUCUUGGCAACAUUUUGGGACUAGCCGCGGCUGCAAUAUUCCGACAACCGAUAGAGGAUUGCAUAGCAAUAUCCAUAGAAAUCGGUGUUCAGAACACAGCGUUGACGUUGUUCCUAUUAACGUUUUCUCUUGAACCACCAACAGCAGACAUCGCAAUGAUUAUACCAAUUGCAGUUUCAAUAUUGACUCCAGUACCGAUGGUUGUAUUCAUUGUAGUCAAAAAAGUUCUGCAGUGUCUGAAAAGGAAGAAGCCAGAGGAAGUGGUUACUGUUGAGAGCGAGAUGGAAAAAGUGACGUUGUAGUGAAAUGUUUAUUCUAAGAGAAUUUUGUACAAAUAAAACAUAAGAAAUUCAUU